GCACGUCAAAGUGCCCCAUUCGCCGGUCCGAGGCGAGCCGUGGGCGAGCGGCCGACGCGGAUCCGCAGACCUUCCGAGCGCGCUGGCAGAAGUGCUCGUGUGUGAGAGCUGCUGCGUGUUCUGUGAGGCCGUUCACACGCCAUCGUCCGCCGAGUCUACACGAAACCACUCGGACUGGGUUCUUUGCUAAGCGCUGCUUGAUAUCCUCACCAGGAGCUGGAGCCUUGAUCAUGCGCCAUUUUUCCUGACAGAACUACACGAACUAACCAAGCUACAGGUCAAAGAAAGCCUUGAAGACAGCUUUACUGGACAGUCUUACCAACUGCUUGAUCCCAUCGCUGCAGAGUCUACUAAAUAUUCCCAAUGUAACCCUGUCAACUUGAGCUGCUCUCGUGGGGCUCCUGCAGACUCUGGAGAUAUGCCAUUAGAUAUCGAUAUGACUUCAUGGAUUAUCCACGUCACCAUGUUGGUGCUGUCCGUCUUCAUCGGUAGUACUGAGGGGAAACGGGACAGGAUGCUGUAUUGUUCUGCAUGCAGGGCGAUUGUGGAUGAGCUGAACUACUCCAUCGGUCAGGUAGACCCAAAGCAAACCAUCAACGUUGGCAGUUUCAGACUCAACCCAGAUGGAACCAUGAAGGACAAAAAGAUCCCCUUUGCUCGCUCGGAGACUCACCUGAGCGAGCUGCUGGACGGCGUGUGCGGCAGCAUGAGUGACUACGCCCUGCACGUGGACCCCGACACCAAGCAGAAACGGUACAUGAGGUUCGCUCCCCGGAGCAGCGGGGAAGUCGGAGACUUCCCCGACUUCAAGAACUUCCAGUUUGAUGGACCCGAGGCAGCCAACGCCUUGAAGUUUGCAUGCGAGAGCCUUGUGGAGGAGCUGGAGGAUGACAUCAUCUCUCUCUUCAGCCAGACCGCAGUGAACGUGGUGGACAAGUUAUGCAGCAGCGUCUCAGAUUACUGUGCAGAUGCCAAACUGCAGAAUGAUGAGUUGUAGUUGAAUCACUGUGGUACCAGUUUGUGUUUCGGUGAGACUGUAGCACCAAGACAAUUUACAUGUUUUAAAAGAGGCCUUACAUGUCUGAUAUUCUGACAAAUAAAU